AUCCAUCAACAGCCUCUCAGGAAAGAAUUUAAAAUGUCUCAGUGACGUCAACGGACCCCCCUAAAAAAUGUUAUAUGCCAAGUUUAGCCAGUUGUUUAGAGGACUUACAGUGCAAAGGCUGAUAGCAUAACUUUAAUCUGCUUGCAGUCAAGAAUGUGACGCCUAUCCAUCUAUAAUUUCCAGCGUAUAGCUGCAGAUUGACUAUAAAGCCUCUAUAUAGAAGAAGAAUUAGACGAAGGAUUACAUGCAUUAAGGCUGACAUACUGAAUUGGCUCGGGAGGAAAAAUGAGUAAGGAGAACUCAUUAGCAACCUGUUUGGCUAAAAUGUAUGAAAAUAAAUUUGACCAAUCAAAAUCUGCAAACAAGUCUCCAGGAGUGGUCAGCAAUAUGGACAAAAAGCUGAAUCUGCUGAAUGAGAAAAUGGACAAGAUUUUACACUUUCAAGAAGAUGUUAUGGGAAAACUGGAAUAUGUGCAUCACAACAUGGACAUGUUGGAAAAAGGAAUGGACAUGCUGGCAGCUUUACGUGGGCCCAGUCAACAGAUUCUUCAUGAAAAUGUUGAUAUUAGUCAGAGUCCUGGACACAAUUCUUGCUCAAAUUUAAUAAGACUGCUAAAAUUGAUACAUGAGGAUUCUGUGAUCCACAGAGAGAAGUUAGACAGUCUAGAAAGGAUGGUGUCAACAAUGGACAAGGUGGUGGCAUUUGUGGGAAGUACUCUAAGGAACUCUAAAAUUGUAGACUUUAUUCUAAAGGGUACAGUGCCAUGGAAAAAGGAGUCAAAAGAUGAGGCUAAAGACAAAUCUGAAGAGAAAGAAGUCAAAACAAAGCAGGGACUUAACAGAGGAGAGGGGCAGGUGGAGGCACAGAGAUUAAAUGAAGACAGCAGAAAAAGCAGUGCACAGGAAGAACUAAGCCAAAAAGCUACACAGAGUCCAACCAUCAAAUUAGAUUCCACAGUAUCAACCCUAGAAACAUCUACAUAUUUCGGAAAUGCACAAGGUUCUAAAGCAUGUGUGCAGAGGACAGAGAAGGAAAAUAUUCGGGUGGCCCAGCACAACCAGGCUGCGACCAAUCAAGUCCCAGAGCAGAGCACCAGGCAGAAGGACCAUAAUUCAGGAACUAAGGAGGAAAAUCAUAGUUCUGUGUCCAUCAGCAAAUCUGGAUCAAUGCUGAAACUCAAACAAUCAAGUAAAGAACAAGUUCUAAGGACAAAUACUUCUGAGCAACUUAUAAUAAAAAAAACAGAAUUAAUGACUCUAGGAAAAGACACAGUGAAGCAAACAUCUGCCUUUCAUGGCAUUGAUAUUUCCCAGGAAGUUGUAGCGGAAGACAAACAACCCUCUCUAAGUGUAAAACUUGGAAAGGUUCAGCCAUCAUUUAAUAAAACCACAAAGUGCAUCAAAAGGCAGGAGAGCUGUGAUAAAAAAUCUGUCGGACAGCAAAGGACUAGUGACACAGACCGUGUACAGCUAACAGAAGACCAUGGAAAAGGAGCAGAAGAACAUCAAAUAGAUAUAGUAAAAAAGAAGUCAGUUGAUUCAGAUGCAUCUUUUUUACAUGUAAUCGAUGACUGCCCUCCGCCUCCUGCACCAUUCAACCAUCGGAUAGUGAGCAUUAAGCAAGCAAUCUUGUCGUCAUGUUAUUCUGUGAGCCAACAUGAGGUCUUAGGAGGCAGGGGGCGCUUUGGCCAAGUUCACAAGUGUAUAGAAAAAGCAACUGGGCUUCAGCUAGCAGCAAAAAUAAUCAAAGUCAAAGGAGCAAAGGACAGGGAUGAAGUGAAAAAUGAAAUCAAUGUCAUGAACCAACUAAAUCACGUGAACCUGAUACAGCUCUAUGAUGCAUUUGAAUGCAAGAAUGACCUGACCUUGAUAAUGGAAUAUCUGGAUGGUGGAGAACUAUUUGACCGCAUCACAGAUGAAAACUACAGUCUGACAGAGCUGGAUGCAAUAAUGUUCACCAAACAGAUCUGUGAAGGAAUAUACUAUCUUCACCAACAGUAUAUACUGCAUCUAGAUCUAAAACCAGAAAAUAUUUUAUGUGUCAAUCGAACUGGCAACCAAAUCAAAAUUAUUGACUUUGGAUUGGCAAGAAGGUACAAGCCACGUGAGAAGUUGAAGGUGAAUUUUGGCACUCCGGAAUUUCUGGCCCCUGAAGUAGUGAAUUAUGAUUUUGUGUCUUUUCCAACAGACAUGUGGAGUGUGGGAGUCAUUACGUACAUGCUGCUCAGUGGUUUGUCCCCGUUCCUGGGGGAGAGUGAUGCUGAGACAAUGAAUUACAUUGUAAACUGCAACUGGGACUUUGAGUCUGAAUCAUUUGAGCAGGUGUCAGAGGAGGCCAAAGACUUUAUUUCCAAACUCUUGAUAAAAGAAAGGAGCUGUAGACUUAGUGCAGGACAGUGUCUUAAGCAUGAUUGGCUUGUCAACCUGCCACUAAAAGCCAUGAAAUACAAAGUGCGCUUGAAGUCCCAGAUCCUCCUUCAGAAAUACAUGGCACAAAAGAAAUGGAAAAAACACUUCUACGUGGUUGCUGCAGCUAAUCGCCUCAAGAAGUUUCAGGCCCUCUCUCUGAAGCCCGCAUAGUGGAUUCAGUCCAUUCUUGGGACGUUACUGUAGCACAUACCUCAGUUUAACCCUGCGCAGAUAACUACCUGAGUGGCAAAGCAGCACUGUUGUAUGAAGUGGACACUGUGGGACCUGCACUGUUUAGCCAGUGACUGAGAGCAGAGACUGAUACCCACCCAAUACAGAACCUCUAUCUGUUUAUAGCUGUAGUUAUAUAGUAUGUAGGAUUGUGCCUUCAGAGUGAAACUGUACAAACCAGCACAUGAUAGAGAAGCACCUUUACCCCUGUCUUGUUGUACUUUUUAUAACCUCAGAUCUUGUCUAGUUAACAGAUAACCCUUGGUCUAUAUCCUGCGAAAAUCCAUAUCUAAAUACAUACAGUAUAUAUAGACACACAUGCAUACCUCCAGUUGAAGCGGCUGAAUUUCCAGAAGAGCAUUGUGGGCAACAGACAGCAUGACAGCUAUGUGGUUGACAAGCCUAUUUUAGUAGAAGAUUUGGCUUCUCCUAAUGAAGGAGUUACAAUGAUAUUCCUCGCUAGUGACGUUGCAAGGGUGCCACAGGAAUAACGUGUGGGUGUUACAUUACUAAGGCCUGUGCAAUCUAAUUGACACUUCAUGUGAUUCUAUUAUUAUCCUUCUUACUACAAAGCAAAGCUCCUUUAUAUUCUCAAUCCAAAUGGAGCAGCAGGAGACAGUUUUGUGUUUUAGUCCAUAGUUAGGCAGAAUGUACUUAAGACUUCAGAGAUGAUUGAUUGAUCAGAAAGUAUCAUUUAAUUGUCCUAUAGAGCUUGUGCUGGUGGUACUAACAGAGAGAUGCAUUUUACAUCAGUUAUAGAAUAGAAAUACUGUACACCAUAGCAGGGGACUGUGUGUUGCAAUCCCAGAAUAUAUGGUUUUGUUUUAUUUACUCAAGCAAUUUGCUGCUACCAGCGUAAAAUCCCUGAUUACAAUCCAUUUUCAGUGUUAAUACAGUUUUAAAGGGGUUGUUCAGCUUUACAUGAACUUUUAGUAUAUUAUAAAGAGUGCUAUUCUGAAACAA